UCUAGUCCCCGACAAAGCUUACGACCAAUUCACUCGCACAUAUUUAACUGCCAAACCGAUUCUCUCUAUCUUAAAACCUCUCCUUACCUGACGGCUUUUUCUUCUUCUUCUUCAUUUGCUCUCUUUUUACCUAAUUUUCUUUCUUUUCUGUUUUUUUAAUUUUUCUAAUUUUUUGUUUUUCAAAAUUUUCAAUAUCAAAAAGGAAAAAGGAAGAAAAUAUGCGUGCAACAGAUAAUCAGGGUUCAUUUUUGAACCGAAUCAGUAUCCGCAGAAAUCAAGUGGUUUCAAUGGAUAACAACCACGAACAAGAGCUCGAAGACAUCGAGCUUUUCCAAAAACACGUCGGCGAUCGUUUCGCCGACCUUUUAUCGCCGGCCGAAGAUACCUCCGUCGAUGCCCUCCUCUCAAUCGCGUGGCUCAGGAAGAUCCUCGACGUUUUCCUCUGCUGCGAGGCCGAAUUCAAAGCAAUCAUGAUAAUGGGUCGCGACCCUUCUCAGAUUUCCAAACCACCUCUCGAUCGCCUCCUCCACGAACUUCUUGACCGAGUCGUUAAGACCUUAGACGUCUGCAAUGCGGUGAGUCACGGCGUCGACGCCGUUCGGCAUUUUCAGAAACUCGCCGAGAUUGCCGUUUCGGCUUUGGAACAGAGGCCGAUCGGCGACGGACAAGUCCGGCGGGCCAAAAAGGCUUUGAACUCGUUGGCCGUGGCGAUGACGCUGGAAGAUAAAGACGGAGCCGUUGGCAAAUCCACGGAGAGAGCGUGGUCUUUCGGCCGGAGAGGCGGCGGGGGCGGUGCAGUGAAUAAGGAUCGGAACCCGGGGAAUUUCCGACCCAUUUGUUGGAACAUGGCAAAAGGGUGGUCCGCGUCUAAGCAGAUUCAAGCAAUGUCGUCCAAUCUGGUGGCGCCACGUGGUGGUGAAACGUUGGCCGUCCCAAUUUACAUAUCUAGCAUGGUGAUGGUGUUUGUGAUGUGGGCUUUGGCGGCUGCGAUUCCGUGCCAAGAGAGAACAGGUUUGGGGAACCAUUUCUCUGUGCCAAGGCAGUUGUCAUGGGCACAAUCGAUGAUGGGUUUGCAGGAGAAGAUCUCAGAGGAAUGGAAGAAGAAGGAGAAGAAAGGGUCUGCCGGGUUGUUGGAAGAGAUGCAGAAAAUGGAGAAAUUAGCACAGUCCUUGACCGAAUUCGCCGACAACUUUCAGUUUCCUGCCGAGCCCGAAAGGCUAGAGGAGGUUGAGAACCAGGUUGCGGAAUUGGCAGAGAUUUGCAAGAAAAUGGAAGAAGGAUUGGUUCCUUUGCAGCAACAGCUCAGGGAGGUCUUUCAUAGGGUGGUGAGGAGUAGAGCAGAGAUUCUUGAUGCGUUGGAACAAGGCGGCAAAUCAUCAGCAUCCAUUAUGUAAAAUUUCAAAAGAGGUUGCUGUUAAAAAAAUUAUUGAGGGAGAUAAAAGAUUUGAGGUAACUUUCAUUAUUAUUAUUAUCAUUAUUAUUUUGUUUUUGGUGAUGCCCUGUUGGAAUUUGUUUAUAUGGGUGCUUUUGGCUCAUGAAAAAAAAAAGAAAAAAGAAAAACAGGGCUAGCUCUGAACCUGGAAUGAGAAAUUAGCAAAAUCCUUUUUUGUUUUUUUUUUUUUCCCCUCAUUGAGUACACAGCGUCAGCCACUAAGGUUGUGGUGGAAUAUGCUUUUGUAAACGUUGUUAAUGGUACUCUUUUUUUUUUGGUUCAUUUUUUUUUUUCUUCUUUCUGAAGUAUUUGGGUACAGAGACUCUAAUUGAAGAGACAUUUAUAUAUGUACAUAUCCAAUGAAUUUCUUCUUUUGUAUUAAAAUGAGAGAAUUGGAGACGUCUUGUUCUUAUCUUUUCA